UUUAUCGGUUCGUCGUCGACGAUUCAGUCAUUUAGAUUAUUUUUUAGAUGUUGCUUAUAAGCAUGCUAUUUCGAUUAUAAUUUUACUUUUGACAAAUAUUAUAGUGAUUUUUUUUUUUUUUUAACAAAAAAAGAUAUUGCAAUGUCAUCGGAAUAUUCAUAUGGUAGCGAAAAUUGUUUUGAUGAACUUUCAAGUUCUUCAGAUUCAGGUUUUGAUAUCAGUUUUGAAUCACCAAAGCAUGAUAUAAUGUCAGUUGAUUCACUUUUUCCGCCAAUAAAAGAAGAGAAGAGAAAAAAAGGAAGAAACACACGAUGCAAAAGCCCAACUCAGGUACUGAGACUAAAAAGAUCACGAAGAAUAAAGGCAAAUGACAGAGAACGACAUCGGAUGCAUACUUUGAAUGAUGCUUUAGAACGAUUACGUAUGGCAUUACCAACAUUUCCUGAAGAUACUAAACUUACCAAAAUAGAAACUCUAAGAUUUGCUCAUAAUUAUAUUUGGGCAUUGUCACAAACUUUGGGAAAUGCAGAAACUGGUGAAAUUACUGUUAAUGUUGGGAACGUAACAGUUAGUAUCAGUGAAAACGGCAAUAUGAUUACGUCUUCAACAGGGAGUUGCGCUGUAGCAGCACAAAAACGUCUCGGUCCCAGUCAUCCUCCAUAUCCAUAUCCUCAAGAACGAAUUGUACCAGAAUGGCAUGAAUACGAUUGCUAUAGUGAUCAAAGUAUUAGCCCACCUAUUCAGUAUCAAAUUUCUUGUUAUGAUCAACGAUCACAGCAAUAUCCUCAUCAUGUUCAUCUUCAACAUCAACUUGAUCAAACUCAUUUUAUGGGACCUAAUAAUUCCUAUCAGUGUCUUUGAAAUUGUGAGUGCUUCAAAUAAUUAUAAGUGUCCAAAAUGUGCAGUGGAAUUGAUUUGAUCAACUACAAUAUAGAA